CAUUGUCUGCACCUCUCCAGCAAGGAUUAGAUAGAAAAGAGGAUAGAAGUGGGUCCAACAGAAAACAAUUCAUAAUUUGGUCAUCUGGUUCUGGUAGCCCAAAGAAGCAGGCAAGAAAAUUAGUGUUUAGAAGAAGAAGAAGAAGAAGAAGAAGAAGAAGAAGAAGAAGAAGAAGAAGAAAGGAGACGAGAUGGAGACCCAAGAGCAGCAAACUAAAUCAAGAGUUCUAAAGGUGGAAUCUUUGGAGUCUUGGGACCUCUACGUUACCCAAGCCAACAAUCAAGGCUGCCCUAUUGUUAUACACUUCACUGCUUCAUGGUGUAUCCCCUCGGUGGCCAUGAACCCUUUCUUCGAGGAAUUAGCCUCGGCUUAUCCAGAUGUCUUGUUUCUUUCUGUUGACGUUGAUGAAGUCAAGGAGGUGGCUGCUAAACUGGAGGUAAAGGCCAUGCCUACUUUUGUGCUGAUGAAGGAUGGCGCACAGAUUGACAGGCUGGUGGGUGCCAAUCCGGAGGAGAUAAGGAAAAGGAUUGAUGGGUUUGUUCAGUCCGUUCGUGUAAAUGUAGCCUAGUUAGUGUUUGUGUGUGGGGGAGAGAGAGAGAGAGGUGUUGUAUAUCUGUGAAUAAGUGAAAUUUGUGGGUUUGAUGAGUGGUGGUCCAGAACUUUAAACAGAGACGAUGUUGGUGAUUUUGUGAGUGUUGAUUUCUGUUGCAAAUUGUAAAUUCGAAACUCUUUUUUUUUU